UUUUGGUUGAAAAUGAAUAAAUAUCAGAUGUUGGACUGGCCGAAAACCGGCGUAUCCAACGUGGCCGGAGAGAUAUCCUUGGUGGCAGGAUUAAUCAUGUGGGCCACCACAUUCCCGCGGAUAAGGAGAAAAAUGUUCGAGGUGUUCUUCUACACGCACCACAUGUACAUUCCGUUCGUCGUCUUCUUCAUAUUCCACGUGGGAAUCAACUACGCGUCCAUGAUGCUUCCCGGUUUCUUCCUCUUCGUUAUCGACCGUUACCUAAGAUUCUUGCAAUCUAGGUCAAACGUUCGUCUCUUGUCCGCUAGGGUUCUUCCUUGUCAAGCGGUCGAGCUCAACUUUUCCAAGACCAAAGGUUUGAGUUACACUCCGACAAGCACGAUUUUCUUGAAUAUCCCGAUUAUUUCAAAAAUGCAGUGGCAUCCAUUCACAAUUAGCUCAAGCAGCAAUCUCCAGUCCGAUAACUUAAGUGUCAUUAUCAAAGGAGAAGGAAAAUGGUCGAAUAAGCUCCAUCAAUUGCUCUCUUCUUCCCCUUCUUCGAUCGACCGCAUCGAUGUUUCUAUCGAAGGUCCUUACGGGCCCACUUCAACCGAUUUUCUCAGGCACGAGCUUUUGGUGAUGGUGAGUGGAGGAAGUGGCGUAACCCCGUUUAUAUCAAUCAUCCGCGAGCUCAUUUAUACAAGCGAGGUGUUGAAAUGCAAAACACCCGAAAUUAUACUAGUUAGUUCGUUCAAGAACUCAAACGACUUAACCAUGCUCGAUUUAAUCCUCCCUCUCUGCGGUGCUCCAUCAGAGUUUCCAAAUUUGGAUUUAAAAAUCGAGGCAUACGUAACAAGAGAGAAAGGGGCGCCACACGAAGAAGAACAAGAAAAGACGAAAACUCGAACCGUGUGGCUCAAGCCCAACCCAUCCGAUGCACCAAUAUCUCCUAUUUUAGGUCAAAACAACUAUUUAUGGCUCGGUGCUAUAAUAUCGUCUUCCUUCAUCAUUUACCUUUUAUUCAUCGGUAUUUUGACGAGAUAUUAUAUCUUCCCCAUUGAUCGUAACACGAAUAAGAAAUACUCAUCUACCUCAAGAGCUUUGCUCCACAUGCUAUUCCUAUGUAUCGGAAUAUUUAUCGCUGCAACUUCGGCUUUUUUGAUGAACAAGAGCAAAAAUGCAAAGGAAAAAAAUAUACAGAUACAGAAUAUGGAGGGUCCCACACCUCAGGCUUCGCCGAAUUCUUUAUUUCAUAACGCCGAUAGAGAGUUGGAGAGCUUGCCUCAACAAUCGAUUUCGCAGUCGGUUAAUUUGCAUUACGGCGAAAGACCGGAUCUUAAAAGUAAGUAAUUUGGAGAUGCAUGGUCAUGAAAUAUUAUUGCAUGCAUGUACAUUCUUUUAAUUAAUUUUUUUUUUCUAACGAUAAUAUUUUGUUUUUGUACGUAGAAUUUUUGUUUGAGCGAAAAGAAUCGAGCGUCGGAGUACUCGUUUGUGGUCCGAAGAAGAUGAGACACGAGGUGGCAAAUAUAUGCUCGUCUGGUUUGGCUGCUAAUCUGCAUUUUGAAUCCAUCAGCUUCAGUUGGUGAUUUUUCAUUAUUUAUUUUAUUUUACUAGAAGUGAGAAUAUUGUGAUUGUUGAAUUUUUUUUUAUUUUUUUUUGUG